AUGUAUCGUUACUUCAUCACUGUUCUACUUGGUGUCGCAGCCAUGGCCUGCGAUACCUGCGCUAAUACACCGCCUGAUACCCACAUCAGCUUAGAGUUAGGCCUUCCUACAGACCGCUUCCUCCUCGACCCUAUCCGCCAGAUCUGUAAGUCACACCUACGCCUCACAUCCGUCCAAACCGCCAAGCCCAACAAUCCAACAACAUGUAUGAGCCUCCUCAACCUCGAUGUGAACAAAUACCCGUUCAACGACCCCGACAAGCUUUGUGUUCCAACGACGCGCGAGUUCCACUCUGCCAACGAUGCAGUUGUGCGGGCAACUCUCAAGGCCCUUGGGAAGUUGGACAUGGAGAAGGACAAGGAGCGGUGGGAUACUGUUAUGGGUUGCACGGGCGUUUUGAUGGACCCAUGUGCUAGGAAUAUCUAUUUGUGGGAGAUUUUGCCCAAGAUUGAAAGCGCGGGUAUCGAUGGAUGGAAGAAGACUUGUGAUGAGUGGGUUCUGAAAGCUAAGACAGGACCUUGGUGA